CCUCCAUGGACAUGAUGAAUGAUCAGAAGUUCGUGGGUGCAAAACAACUAUCAAUUGCUUGGGUUGAAAACAACAGUUAUUGGCGGUGGUCAAGGAUUGAAGAAACAAGCAGUAAUACAGGUCUUGAUGUCGCUGAACUAAUAAAAGUUUGUUGGCUAGACGUGCGUGGAAAAUUUGAGAUAACAAAGCUAUCACUGGCCAAAACUACGUAUGAAGUGGUGUUUGUGAUAAAGUUGGAACAAGCUUCCCGAUGGGAAGUUCCUGUGAAUUUUACACUUAUCCUACCAGAUGGAAGCAAACAAGAGCGAAAAGAAAAUUUGGAGGAAAAGCUGAAAGGGGAGUGGAUAGAGAUCCCAGCAGGCGACUUUGUAGCAUCACCAGAAAGGACUGGCGAGAUAGAAUUUGCAAUUUACGAACAUGGUGAUGAUCGCUGGAAGGGAGGGCUUGUCAUCAAAGGCAUUGCAAUUCGGCCCAAGUACCAGAAUGAUUGGUUCGUGAAUGCAAAAAAACUAUCAAUAGCUUGGGCUGAAAACAAUAGUUAUUGGCGCUGGUCAGAAACAAGCAGUAAUACAGCCAUUGAUGUCGCUGAAUUAAUAGAAGUGUGUUGGCUAGACGUGCGUGGAAAAUUUGAGAUAACAAAGCCAUCACCAGACAUAAAUACAUAUGAAGUAGCAUUUGUGAUAAAGUUGGAAGAACAAGCUUCUGGAUGGGAAGUUCCGGUGAAUCUCACACUUAUCCUACCAGAUGGAAACAAACAAAAGCGAAGAGAAAAUUUGGUGGGAAAGCCGAGAGGGGAAUGGAUAGAGAUCCAAGUAGGUGAAUUUGUAGCAUCACCAGAAAGGACCGGAGAGAUAGAAUUUGCAAUUUACGAACAUGGUGACGAUCGCUGGAAGAAAGGGCUUGUCAUCAAAGGCAUUGCAAUUCGGCCAAAGUUUCAGAAUGAUUGGUUUGUGGUUGCAAAAAAUCUGUCAAUCGCUUGGGCAGAAAACAAUCAUUAUUGGCGCUGGUCAAAGAUUGAAGAAACAAGCAGCUACACAAAUACAGGCUUUGACGUCGCUCAACUAAUCGAAGUUUGCUGGCUAGACGUGCGUGGAAAAUUUGAGAUAACAAAGCUAUCACGAGCCAGUACUACAUAUGAAAUAGCUUUUGUGAUAAAGUUGGAAGAACAUGCUUCUGGAUGGGAAGUUCCAGUGAAUGUCACACUUAUCCUGCCAGAUGGAAAAAAACAAGAACGAAAAGAAAAUUUGGAAGGAAAGCCGAAAGGGGACUGGAUAGAGAUCCUAGCAGGCGAGUUUACCACAUCACCAGGAAAGACCGGAGAGAUAGAAUUUGCAAUUUACGAACAUAGUGACGAUCGCUGGAAGAAAGGGCUUGUCAUCAAAGGCAUUUCAAUUCGGCAAAAGUACCAGAAUUAUUGGUUCGUGAUUGCAAAAAAUUUGUCAAUCACUUGGGCUGAAAACAAUCGUUAUUGGCGCUGGUCAAAGAUCGAAGAAACAAGCAGUAAUACAGCCGUUGAUGUCGCUGAAUUAAUAGAAGUUUGUUGGCUAGAUGUGCGUGGAAAAUUUGACAUAACAGGGCUAUCACGGGCCAUAACUACAUAUGAAGUAGCAUUUGUGCUAAAGUUGGAAGAACAAGCUUCAGGAUGGGAAGUUCCAGUGAAUGUCAUACUUAUUCUACCCGAUGGAAACAAACAAGAACGAAAAGAAAAUUUGGGGGGAAAGCCGAGGGGGGAAUGGAUAGAGAUCCCAAUAGGCGAGUUUGUAGCAUCACCAGAAAGGACCGGAAAUAUAGAAUUUGCAAUUUACGAACAUAGUGAUGAUCAUUGGAAGAAAGGGCUUGUGGUCAAAGGCAUUGUCAUUCGACCCAAGUGCCAGGUUCUAGAAUAAUCCACAAAACAAGCUAGUAUUAGUUUUUCUAUCUCUGCCUACCUCUCUCAGAUUACUGGGGGCAGUAUUGUGUUGGUCUUUAUCUUUGUGUAAGAGUCACAGUCCUUGUAGAAGUGAGACUAUAAGUCUUAAUCCUAUUUAUGUAAGAGUCGAAGUCCAAGAUGGACUAUAAGUCCUAAUCCUAAUGGGGCUACAAGUCCUAAUCAAAUUCUAAGUGAGUGUACGUUGUAAACUCUAUUUAAGUGUGGUAUUGGAAUAAAGUAUG